ACUUAUCGGUAUGAGGUUACACACUCAUAUUCUUGAGCUUGCUCUGGUAGACUUUAUUCAAUAAGCUGCGUUUAGAUGUGGAGAAGAAUCACUGUUCAUCAUUAUUUUGGUGAUUUGAAAAGGACUGUCGACGGCAAUCUUCUUCUGUCACUUUAUUAGUCUUCUCCUUCAUCUUGUGAUCCAAAGGCUGAGAAAAUGUCUCGUCAAAUCGUUCUCAUGACUGGCUGCUCAGCGGGUAUUGGUCUUGCCACAGCUAAACGUCUCUCAUUGGACCGCGAUCAGCGAUACAUCGUCAUCGCUACCAUUAUCGCGAUGUCGGAGAAGAACGAUUUGGUGACUGCUGUAGGGAACGCUCUAAACAAAACAAUUUUUAUUGAGGAAUUGGACGUGGCGAGGGAUACUGACAUCACAACUGUAGUUGAGAGAACCCUCAAAGAAUACGGGAGAAUAGAUAUCCUUCUCAAUAUCGCCGGUAUCUGUUCCAUCAAUAUCCCCGAGUUGGUGCAGAGGGACAUGAUAGAGAAGAUGUUCAACGUGAAUGUGUUUGGUGCGAUUAGACUCACUCAGGCAGUCUUACCUCAGAUGAAACGAAGAAAGGCGGGAAAGAUCAUCGUCAUGUCAAGUAUAGUAGGAAGAACAGCAUGGCCCUAUUUUGAAGUAUACAGCUCGAACAAAUUCGCAUUGGAGGGAUACUUUGAGGCCCUUGCUGUUGGUCUACGUGCAUUCAAUAUCAGAGUUUGUCUCGUCGAGCCUGGAGGAGUUAAAACUCACAUACUGAAAGAAUCAAUAAAAAGCGUCGAACAUCUUCUCCAAGAUGGCUCCAUCGAAGAUAUCGAUCGUCGUCAGCUCGAAAGAUUGAUGGGUAUAAUCGCCAAAGAUAAGGGCCCCACCGGGGGCCCCACCAAAGUCACGACUGAUACUGUCGCCGAGUCCAUAAUGACAAGGUGCAUUGACCUAGAGAAACCGGCGUUGAGGCAUUUCCUUCCAGAGGAGUUUUACGAGAACGUACAAGCAGGGCUGGCAGAUAUGACUGGAGAGAAGGCUGUCGCAAGUUCGCAGAGAAUGCUCUGAUUUCCCGUGGGGGGGGGGGGGGGCAGUCAAAUAUAUUGCUGUACACACGCGUGACAAAAAAAAACGCGUUUAAGGGGUGUUUUUUUUUCAGCUUUGGAAGGGUAUCAAAACCACCGAUUUUCAAGAAAAAAGGGUGGUUUUGAAAGACUGGUCAAUUGUCAAUUGCGGAGUCAAACGUAUUUAGGGUAUGUUUUUUCCCAAAAGCUUAUUUUUUUAAGACUAGCCAAACGUGUUUAGGAUAUGUUUUUUCCCCAAGUUUUUUCCCAGAGGUCAUAUUUUGGUGACAACUUGUUUAGGGGCGAAAAUGUGUAAAUAAAGCCCGCAAAAACUUGUUUAGGGGGUUAUUUUGCACACAGAGAAAAACUCGUUUAGGGGGUGUUUGGAAAUUACAUGGUCACGCGUGUGUACAGCAAUAUAUUUGAUUGGCCCCGGGUCUGAUUUCUACACAUCUCGGGACACAUCUACACUGUUAGAAAAUUUUAAUAGAAGUUCAAGAAAGUUUCGAACAUACCUGUAAUCUUAAUUACUGUACUCUGUAAUCUUAAAUUUAAUGUUUAAUAUUACAGAAAAUUGGUAUUUGUUGUAUAGAACCUUACAAAUCUCAUGUAAUUAAAGUUUUUCAUUUUUUAAACAGACCUGAAUUGCAG